GGACAAGUCAGCAGCCAGAUCCCACCCAGCUUCAACGGUGUCUUGGCAAGGACGGCCAUUUGGGGCUUAGCAGACGGCAUCCAACCCUUGCAUACCUCCGUCGUAAUGCCAACAACUUGAGGCAUCCUGACCCUGAACCUCGACAGCCAUCACAAUCCAAAACGCUGCUUCACACCAGUUUCUCUGCAGACGUAAACUCUCUUCCACAUUCUAGCUUCUUCUUCUUCUUCUGCAGCCUUCUUCUCGAAUUGUUACGCCCUCCAAUGCGGUGACCAGGUACCACGAGUUCUAGCCUUCGUCUCCUCGCCCUCGCCCUCGCCCUCGCCUUGGCAACAUGGCUUCAUACAACACCACGAUGCCUGCGACGGCUCCUCGAUCAGUUUUUGGCGCACCAGUUCCCAUGGCCGACCCUUCUGCUCCGGCCGGUACCUUUGCGCCGGGCACGAAAAUCCAAGUGGGAAGCCAGAAGGUUAUCAUCCAGAAGUACUUCUCCGAGGGAGGAUUCGCCCAUGUCUACCUGGUCAAGAUGCCCAAGCCAAUUGAUGGGACUGACAUUGCCGUAUUAAAACGAGUGGCCGUACCGGAUAAGGAACACCUGGCGAAUAUGCGGACGGAGGUGGAAACCAUGAAGAAGUUGAAGGGGCAUCGACCAAUCGUCACAUACUACGACUCCCAUGCCUCACAACUGAAGGGCGGAGGGUACGAGGUGUUUCUGCUGAUGGAGUUCUGUAAUGGUGGAGGGCUGAUAGACUUUAUGAAUACACGGUUGCAGAAUCGUCUGACAGAACCUGAGAUCUUGAAGAUCUUCUCUGACGUUACGGAGGGAGUUGCUUGCAUGCAUUACUUGAAGCCCCCGCUUCUCCAUCGGGACUUGAAAGUUGAGAACGUCCUCAUAACUUCGACUGGGAAUUCUAAGAGAUUCAAGCUCUGCGAUUUUGGUUCCACGGCCCCGCCACGACCUGCGGCCACCACAGCUGCAGAGUGCAGGUUGAUCGAGGAUGAUGUACAGAAACACACUACGUUGCAAUACAGGAGCCCUGAGAUGGUCGACGUAUACCGUAAACAACCGAUCGACGAGAAGUCGGAUAUAUGGGCGUUGGGAGUUCUGUUAUACAAGCUGUGCUAUUACACCACACCCUUUGAAGCACAAGGACAACUUGCGAUUCUGAACGCCAGCUUUAAAUUCCCGAGCUACCCUCCAUUUUCCGACAAUUUGAAGAAGCUCAUAGCCUCUAUGUUGAAGGAGAAUCCUAAAUCACGUCCAAACAUCUACCAAGUGCUUCGAGAAGCAUGUCUAAUGCAGGGGCUGGCAGUGCCCAUCAAAGAUAUUUAUGCUGGACGAACAAAGUCAGAAACCAGACGAAAUCAGCAGCUUCCUAAGCCAGAAGAGAUCAGCUCACCACCACCUGUUGGCGCUGUAUAUUCUCCACCCCCACCGGUUCAACAAGUCAUUCCAGAUAUUGUUCCAAUGAGAAGAGGAAGACCCACGGCCAACUCACAACCACAUGUAGCCAAGCCAAGUCCAUCCCCUCUGCGCGGGGUGAACAGCGAUCCAUGGGCGGCAUUGGAUGCUAAAUCCAGCUCUCCGGCACUCGACGAUAUAUCUAGUCGAUUUCCAAGUUUGGAUCAGUUUUCUUUGCUUCACGAUGGUGGAAAGUUCGAUUUUGAUAAGAGUUCUCCAACGAAGCCAACCGCAACACGAGACUUAAAUCAGAGAGUUGCGGAAAAGCUGGCAGACGAUGCAUUUGCGGUACCGUCACAGCCGAAACCAGUACCCGCAUCAACAGUGAAACCAUUAAAUAACGUGGUGUCUCGAGCACAGAAAAUCAUUUCUAGCAACCCGGAGUUGCAGGCUGCAGCUGCACCGACUGUUGUGUAUCAGCCUACACCCACAAGGCCACCAACUAGCUCUUAUGUGUCACAGGGUACUAUGACGACCCCUACUCCACCUCCUACUGGACAGCCACCUACCAAGUAUGCACCUUCGCCCACAUAUCGAUUUCCCCAGACCUCUGAUCAUCAUCGAUCAUCAAGCCUUCCCAGGAACCAAGAAGCUGUAAGUACCAGGUCACAUCUCUUGCGACCAGAAGAAAACCAGACUCUGCGUCCUAAUAUCCCACGAAAUUCGUCCUUUACGCAACCUGGCCACGCGAGACAUUCAUCCUCGUCUCGCCCAUCGCUUGAGGCUGGCAGGCCUAGUCUUGAAGCAUUGGAGCCCGUAGCAAGGACCAAGUCAAGUAAUUCUCGGCCACGCCCAUCAAGUACUUAUUUGGAAUCAAACAUGGACUUCCUGCGCGAGAAGGAAAAGGAGUCGAGUGGUAGACCAUCUCUUUCUGAGAAGCGUCCUUCGUACAAAGCCCUCGAAACUGCUGUUGCAGACUCGCCUUCGGAUGAAGAGACAACCAUACAGUCAAAUGUUGACUUCCUUCGUACAAUGGAAGACCAGGAUACUUCCAAGAAGGAUAGGCGGCGGAGUAGCGGUGGUGGGAACAAAUCCAAGCGCUCCAGUUUGCCGUCUAUGUCACUAUCUGGCACCAAGAAUUUAUUAGCGGGCAAAUUCGGGGAUGCGUUCAAGCGAUUUGAGCACAACGCCAGCUCACCGCCUGCACCGAGAACCCCAAGUCCUCUGAACGACAUGGAGCGCAGGGAUUUGACACCUAUUGCCGGCUCAGAAGCUACCGAUGGUCGCAGUGAUGAUGGCAAUGUUCUCGAAGAUAUGGAACACAUGGCACCUGAGCAACGUCGUGAGAUCGAGAGGAGACGUCUAUCUAUGGAAGAAAAGCGCGUAGCCAACGCUGCCGCUGAGUAUCGCAAGCGUGUAGCCGAUCGGGGACCCACAGCACCACGGAGUAUAGGAGGCGUCUCACGUGCAGCCAGUAUCCAACACAAGGUCCAAAGUCUCCUUGACGAGAAUCAGGGCCCGUCGCCCGUCAAGAAAACAGCCGAGGGAUACGGCCGAUUCACAGACAGCGGACCACCACCCCAAUCCAACCAAUUCGAGCAAUCCGCAAACCCUUACGCGAAACCUACCCCCUCCGUGAUCCGCAAACCCAUGACACAGUCCGUAGGAGGUGUGAUCCAUCCCCGAACUGUACCUAUCACCCAACCUGAUCUUAACUACGCAAAGCCACGCACCGCUCUCCCCCCGCAAUCACAAUCUCAACCCCAGCCCAUCACAUCUCCCGCGACCAUCUCGCGCACAGGACCACGACCAAACGCGCCACCGAAACCAAUGCAUCUCAAUAGCAUCUCCACUGGUCCGUCACACUCCAUGCAGAACUCUCCUCCCAAACCCUCAGCUCUAUCGCCUCGACCCUUGCAGGCUAGACCGGAUAUGACUUUACAGGAGAAAGAGGACUAUGUCGCGGAUUUCAGCAAGAGGUUCCCAAGUCUGAGUGGAAUUGAGAUGGUGGAAAGAAGUAUUGAUGUUGGGCCUGGGCCUGCGGCUGGGGGUUCGAGCGCUGGUGUCACUGGUGCUGGUGGUACUUCUGGAGCCCAGCUCAAGGAUGACAGGGUAAGAGAGACUGGUGGGCUACGGAGUAGGGAGCUGUGACAGAGAGGGAAGAAAGUCUUGUAUAUGUACCAGGCUUGACAAUUCCCAGAUCGCUUGAAGUCGAGUCGAGUCGAACCGGCCGAAGAUAGAUAUAUUGGCUAGUGUAGCGGAUGAUGGCAAAAUCGGCGCAAUUUAGACGAUAGAGAAACAUAUCAAUCGAUACAUGAUCCAAAGCACAUAAUAUCACACUGGAUGAAUAUUGCUGGAUGCACGUGCACUUUCGUAGUCCUUUUUGAGCUCCGGCACUGCUCAGCUAGAUAGAAUAUUUCAAUUCUUGAUGAACAGAUCAUUGACUGUUAAUCGGGCUACCUAAUAACAGAAAGUCACUUUCUCCUCAUCGUGCCUUAUUCGCCCCGCAAGAGGCUAACAGGCAAGCUCAGGAAACACAAUUGUCCAGGUAGAAUUCAACUUGAGCCAAAGUCGCUAAUUCAAGAUUUCCUAAUUAGCAAUGGCACGACGCCAAUAUUCAGCUUUCUUCUCCCAGCGGUGAAGGGCAGAAGCGGCGGCGAUUGAUUCUUUGGUUGGUGAGAAGGGACUAUUGGAAGUCCCAUCAGGGUCGCAGCUGCCGCUUCGAUGACUUCCUGCCCUUUGCGCUGUGAUUCAGGCACUAAAUUAAGCAUACCAUCUUCCGAGCUUGAAUCUCUAUAGAUUCAACAACACCAAGCAUCUAUACGGCACCACUAUCUUCAGCACUUUCGGAAUCACAUCCGAUUAGUUUCAAAUAUCACUGACUAGCGAAAAUGCCGGCAAGUGGCGUUCAGUCAUGCACCUGAAAGGUGCGGACGACUUCCUUCUAUUGGGUUCGGGAGUCAUUAAAACCCAAUGUCGUCUGGAGAGGAAAAGUAAUUUCCAGGAAAUCAUGGCAGAGGAAAGCCAAAACGACACCCGACGUUCCACAGACGAGCCCAUAGCACGUGUCCCUCCACAGUCACUGUGUUCAUCCUGACUGGCUCAGCGUCAUGAUCAAGCUGCCUGAGGGUAUUGGAGAUUAAUUCAGAAAUGAACUCGCGAUGUACGAACAACCAUUCGUGAGGGAAUGCCCCAGAAUCCGCGCGCCCACAUCGAAAGCAUGAGCAUGAGUUCACUUUGUCCGUAUGUUAUGAUAUACGAGUAGAUAGACACAACGUUGUCGAAAACAAAAGCAGAUAACCACAGAACGGGCCCCCUCCUGCCUCGACUGGUUGCGCGAAAGGUUCUGAAAGCUCUAGACGUGUUCCAUGAUAACGGAUGGAUACACGCCGAUGUGAAUGUAUGGUAAGCUGGACGACACCUACUUUGUUCCCUGGCUUCUCUUCGAACUUUCUCAUUCGCUUCUACCAAACUGAACCAGCAACGUGAACGAGGUCAUGAAUAGUAGCCAGCGCAUGAGGAACAGCGUGACCAGCGCAGAGGGGACAUUUUAAUCUCUGCUAUGUCCAUGCAGACACAGGUACCGCGAUGUACUGUAGUCAUUGCUCUGCUGGG